UCUCUUGUUAAUUGGAACACCCUGUACUGCAUAAUUUUGUUAUUCAUAUAACUAAUUUAUUUUGAUACAGUGAUACAGAAAUUGUAGUAUUGUGGGGACCUGUUGGAGAAGGUGCGGCACGAAGUGAGAUUUUACCAAGCAUGAAACAAGCCAGAAUUGCCCUCGGAUGUGGUUUUGCCAACAAUCGUCUGUAUGUAGUCGGAGGAUAUCCAAUGCCAGGGGAUACUGGAUUUUCCUCAGAAAUCUACGAAUUUGGUGCUCAGGAGUGGCGUGAGCUGCCUACGAAAUUACUGAAACCCAGGAUAAACCCUGGUAUCUUUUUAUACAAAGGUCUAAUGACACUCUUUGGAGGUAGCGAUAUUGAAAUUGCCACCCUUGAUGCAGAAGAGACGAAAUGGGAAUAUACUGGUGCUAAAGUUUCUAAACAUUUCAUCAGUUGGUCUUUUCAUCAGGCCUUGUCAAAUGCUAAAAUGAUUUCACUUUUAUGCUGAAUAUAUUAGAAAUAUUUGCAAACUGCACUGUUUUGAAAUUAAGUUUAAAAUUUGUU